GUUUGUUUUCGUAGUCAGAGUAAAAAUAAGUGAGUUAACGUCAGCUGUUGUUGGUGUUUGCUUGACUGCUUUUUUUGAAUUAUUUUUAGGAGUUACUGUUAUUGUUUUAGAUUGCUGUAUGUACCGUUUAUUCGAAAAUGAUCCGCAAAGCUAUCGAUAUAGUGCUCUCUGUCAUCUUUCACGACGAAGCCUCUAUGGACUUGUCCACAUUAACUCCUGACGCUGAUCCCCCUUUGCAAGAAGGACCCAGUAUUCCUGCAACGAAAGUGUCCUCAUCAACUCGGAUUAAUCUGUUCCAGUAUAUCCUCAGUACAGCCCGCGAAAAUGCUGCGUAUUAUCGCACUCUCAGUAUGGCUAAAGAGCCCGAAGAUCCUAAAUACACUAGUCUGCUGUCCACUUUGGCAUUGCUGUGUUCCCACAUUCCAGAAGUGGACGUGCAGUGUGAGAAAAUUUCCAAGAAUGCCACAUACUUUGACGUGGCUCCAAACAUCGAAGGAAACGGUUACCGCAGUCUGUUAUCCAUUGUGGAUGCCUGCUUGAUCAAGCUGCUGGAGUCGCUGCUGUACAUGAAAGAGCAUCGCGAGUCCUUCUAUUUUCGACGGAGCAAAUGCCAGCAAGAAAUCGGCGACUACGUGGAGGUGCUGGGGAUGAUGCGGGCAUUAUUGAAUUAUGCUGAGAAAAUGAUUGAUGCGGAACGCGCCAGUGGACAACAUGAUUUGUUCCCGCGGAACGGGCAAGAAUUACUGGAUGAAUGGAUGGUUAACGUUGAGACUCUGAACCAGCUGUGUUUUUAUGGAAAUUGUACGGCGUUUUAUCUGUGUCCGAGCAUCCGAACCGCUAUGCAUACGGUAAUUACUACCGCGCUGGCAACAUUUGCUGAGAAGUAUCAGCAGCUGGAAGAAGAGUGCCCGGGAAGUGGUCCACAGGCACUGGAUUAUCUGGGAAGGAAUCUGGUGGCAUCGCGAAAAUUUAUCCUAAAUCCCCAGCUCAAAGCGCAGGUGCUGGUUGCAUCCACUCGCGAGCUGGACAUUCGGUUCUGCAAGGCCUUCUGGAGCAUUUCCGAAUCGCGUUUCUGGGAUCCGAUUCACUGGUAUUUGCUGCCGAAAAUCGAUCUCAAUCGGGAGUUCUCCAUACCCCCUGACAGCUUUGUUUUACCCCACUGCGAUACCGGAGCGGAUGUGACGGUAUCACCGCCCGUUUGUCACAUUGGACUACGACCAGUUCAGUGCCGAUUAAUGUCAGCUGGCAUACGCGAAGGUCAGCUCUUCAUCGAUAACAACGAUGGCGUCAAAUCGUUCAAGCUGCCUGGGCGCGUGCAACCCAAAUCCGAGGUCCUUCUUUUCCAUUUGCAUGGCGGCGGUUUUAUAUCGCAGUCGAGCAAAGCCUGUGACCUGUAUUUGAGAGAGUGGACGAAAGAGAUUGGUGUGCCGUUGCUGUCCAUUGACUACACACUGGCACCAGAAGCUCCCUAUCCACGGGCAAUAGAGGAAUGCUUCUUUGCAUAUUGCUGGGCGUUAAAGUAUCCACAUAAACUGGGAUGGACGGGACAGCGUAUUGUGCUCAUUGGAGAUUCUGCUGGCGGAAAUUUGAUCUUUGGAGUGGCAUUUAAAUGCUUUAUGGAAGGAAUCCGAAUGCCUAGCGGGAUUUUAGCGGCGUAUGCACCGUUCUUGGCGCAAUAUACUCCAUCACCAUCAAGAUUGUUGGCCAUUAUGGAUCCGUUGAUACCAGUGGGGAUUUUGAAUAGAUGUCUGGGGGCGUAUGCCGGUUUACCCGAGCCGAAUAACGUUGGGGAUAUUCAGAAUUUAACACAUGAUUCCACCGAUUCCAGUCCUUCCCAAGCAUCCAAAACUAGUUGGGAUGAACUGAGCCCAUCGGAAUUGAAAGGAAUGGAGGAGAUGGCUUCUUUUGCAUCCUCCCCGGACAAUGGAACUGUUGAUGCUAGACAGCACGAGAAACAGAAAGAAGCCAGAGCUCAAGAAGCCAUCAAGGCUGAACAAAAUUUCCUAUUCCGCAUCCCAUCGGCCCAACAUUUUUAUUCCGUGGCAUCCCCUAUUACGUCUCGCUUGACGAGUACCGUUUCCCGUGUGACUGGAGCAAUGUCCCGGGGAUAUCAAGGUAUCCGAGACACUGUUGAAUACCCAUUUCGGCGCACUACGACUUUUGCUCGACAGCGCGCAAAAUCUAUUAUGAAUCCAUAUGCCCCGUGGACGAAGAUGAUGAGUCCGUUGAAACGAUACAAUUUCAGCCAGGUCCCAGUAGAUGAUCCGUUGCUGUCACCAGUGUUAGCUGAUGCUACUUUAUUGAAGGCGUUGCCGCCGGUAGCGCUGGUUGCUGCCCAUGUGGAUCCCUUUUUGGACGAUACGGUACAGCUGGCCAAAAGACUACAUGACUUGGACAAAGCCAUGACGAUGGACUUGAUACCCCAUCUUCCGCAUGGAUUUUUGAAUUUCGUUUUGGUCAGCGAAGAAGCCCGGCAAGGAAACCGUAUUUUAAUGCAGCGCGUGAGAGAGCUGAUGGCACCAGACCUGGGCAGUUAUGGAAAAUCGACCCACAGUUAGAGUUAAGAGUUACAGGGAGCGUGCGAGUUGCGCUAAGAGUUAAGUUAUUUAUGCAGGAAAACCGAGUUUCGAGUUACACCGCGAGUUACGCUACCAUAGACAAUAUAUACUAUUUUUACGAGAGUUAAGUUAGAGUUAAGUUUUCUUCCGAGCGAGUUACGCUAAAGAGUUAAGUUAUAACUCAAUAACUCGAAAAUAACUCGCGUUAAGUUAAAUAGUUAAAAUUAACUGCCCAGGUCUGGAUGGCACCAAAAGAGACAUAGUAAUGCCUUCAUAGCUUCUUAAUUUUUGAUGUAUUAUUUUCCUAGUCGUCUUCUGAUGCAAUGCGUUAGAAUUGUACCAGUGUAAAGUUUUGUGCUUCGUGUUAUGUUAUAAUUAUCUGAAGAGAUUAGCUUGUCGGAACUUGGAAUGCGUUCAAGACUUGGAUUUAUUUUGUUGUUGUUUAUGAUUUAUCCGUAAAAAUAACUAACACAGAAAAUACCGUCUGCAUAAUUACGGUGUCCACCAGACAAGUACUUGCUUGACCCGGGCAUAAUAAUC